CGGAGCCGAACGAAGAAGAGUUGAAACAAUUUAUGUCCGGUCGACGGCGUGUUACGGCGUAUGCACCGGUCGGCCGUCGCGGGCUGGAAAUAGUGAGAUGACGCUGGUCGGAAUCCUCGCCGCCUUCGCUGCUGGGCAUUUACUUAGCUAAGAAGUCGUACGUUGUUCAAUCACUGUAUCUUUUCUUCCAAUCUCAUACAUCGUGUUCCAACGUAUUGCGUAUUGUUGUAGGAGCUUCUACACAGCUGGUUUCUUCAUAUCUAGUCCCUGAUCCGCUUGUACAAAGUAUCCCUCCAUCGACAAAAGCUUCUUUACACAGAACUGGCUAUGGCAUCUCAGGUCUCGAGCAAAGCUCCCUCCUUAUCGACUGGUCCCGAGCCCACCACUGACCCUGCCCCGACCGGUCCCAUCACGACUCCGUUGACCAUCGCUCUGCCCGAAUGCAAGCCCAAUCCACCCGCGGCUUUGACUUCGGAUCAACAGACCAAGUAUGCCUCGAUACUCUCGACUGUCUCGGAAUGGACCACCAUCCCGAGUAGCACGCUCAAAGAUGCCACCGACGAGCCCAUCACAGACAAUGAGCGCAUGUGGUUGACCCGCGAGUGUCUCCUCCGCUACCUUCGCGCGACCAAGUGGGAUAUCCCCAGUGCUCUCAAACGUCUGCAAGGAACCCUUUCUUGGAGACGCGAAUAUGGCGCCGACACCUUCACCGCCGAUUACAUCUCUCCCGAAAAUGAGACGGGCAAGCAGGUCAUCAUGGGCUACGACAUCAACGCACGCCCUUGUCUGUACCUCAACCCCGGCAAGCAAAACACAAAAAACAGUGAUCGCCAGAUUCACCAUCUAUCAUUCAUGCUGGAUAGAGUCAUUGACAUGAUGGGUCCUGGACAAGAGACGACUGCCCUCCUGAUUAACUUUAAGGGUGCUUCAAGCGGCAGCACCCCCAGUGUUGGUCAGGCUAGACAAGUCUUGAAUAUCCUACAGAACCAUAAUCCAGAGAGACUCGGCAGAGCUCUGAUCUCACAGUUGCCCUGGUAUGUCAGCACCUUCUUCAAGCUCAUCUCGCCAUUCAUCGAUCCCGUCACCAAGGAGAAGAUGAAGUUCAACGAGGAUCUCACAAACUACGACCACAAGUCCUACUGGCCCGCAUUGAACAAGGAGUGCGACAGACGUCGAGAAGCAUACAAGCAGCGCUGGGUCGACGCCGGCAAGAACAUCGGAGAAUAUGAAGACUACCUCCGAGGAGUCUGAAGGUCUAGACAGAGAAUCUAGAGUCUGGCUUUGCUGGCAGAGCCCAUCAUAUUCAUCAACCAGAGCAAGCAUAUGGGCAGGCGUCAUAUUUUUGUUUCUGAAUUGUCCUUUUGAAGGUUUCACAAAAGCAGCGCAGCGCGUCACAGAAGAUAGAGCAUAAAGGGUCCCGCGGCAUCUGAGCACGCUAGCAAUUCAAAUCGUGCAAUUUCUCGUU